GAGAAUCAAUUAAUUUUAAUAUUUACAUAAAAAGUAACUUAUUAUUCAGUUUAACUUAACUUUUGCAAAAACAAAAUAAAAUCCACCACAACCAUCAGAAAUUAUUAUUUUUUUGUAAACAAAAGCUUCUGGUAUAUCCCCACUUUCAUUCAAAAACCUGCGAGAGCUGAGCUGUGGUCUCUCAAAACCUGCACCAUGCUGUCAACGAAAUGAACAAACGGUGAGACUUUAUAAUUGACGCCAUAGCCUUAGUUGUAUGUAAGGUGGUUUUGGUGGUUCAUGAUCAAAGGUAAGCAGCAGGGCAUCACUAUUCAAAGUUUAAAGCAGUUUGAAGACUUCUUUGAGACAAACAAGUUGGUUAUAGACACUCUUUGGAAAAAACGACAACGACGCGUGCAGCUCUUCAAAAAUUUAUACAAAAUGAGAGUAUUCUAUCUCACAAUUUUAUUAACAAUUGCAUUUUGUGCAACCGUAUCAGAUGCAAAACAAUAUAUGCGAUGUGAAAUGGUUAAGGAAUUGGUUCAAAAGUAUAAAUUCGAUAGAACAUUAUUGUCAAACUGGGUUUGUAUGAUUGAACAUGAAAGUGAAAGAGAUACAACAAGAGUUACCAAAAACGCAAAUGGCAGCUCUCGCUAUGGGCUCUUCCAGAUAAGUAACAAAGAGUGGUGCAAAGAAGGACGAAAAGGUGGACUUUGUAAUUCCCGCUGUGAAGAUUUCCUUAAUGAUAAUCUUGCUGAUGAUGUUGAAUGUGUGAAAAAAGUUUUCAAACGAGAUGGAUUCAAACAUUGGCCAGGAUGGCUUGGAUAUUGCAAACAACAUAGCAACUUACCAAAUUUAAAUGUUGUUUGUAGACUAAAUGAAAUUCGCAAAUAAAUACAAACAAAAA